UUCCCCUCUCUGCUCCUAUCUCUCUUUCUCUUUCAGCUCUUUCUUGCUCUUUGCGUUGCCUCUUAGCUCUUUUGUUUGUUAUCCUGUAUCUCCUAACUACCUUCCUUUCUACUUUUAACCUCUCCUUCCUUCUCGCCUGAGAAAAUCUACAGACGGUUCCUGCCGCCGACCACUAAAUUUUAAAAAGAAGAAACCAACUCCGUUGAACAGCAAAUCAAGAUGAAGCGUCAUCUUAGUGACUCAGAGACUGAAAUGAACGAAGAAUAUGAAGAGUGUUCCAGCCCCGACACCGCUCAAGUUGUUUCAAGAAAGAAGAGGCGUGGGAUUAUUGAGAAAAGACGUCGUGAUCGCAUCAACAACUGUCUUAUGGAGCUACGCCGACUUGUGCCUGCUGCAUUUGAAAAACAGGGCUCAGCCAAACUUGAGAAGGCAGAGAUACUCCAGAUGACCGUUGAUCAUCUUCGCCACCUCCACCAGACCAGAGACCCAAGAGGAUUCACUGACCCUCUCUCUGCCUAUUCCAACACUCGUGCUUUCCUUGACUACAGGGUAAUGGGAUUCCGUGAGUGCGUGGCCGAAGUUGCCCGCUACAUGACAAACGUUGAAGGCCUUGACAUGAAAGACCCCAUGAGAGUCCGAGUUCUCAACCACCUUGAGAACUACCUCACUCAGCGUGAGCUUGCCAUCAAUGCCGCAGUAGCUGCCAGUGCUCAGAUGGGUCUUCCCAAACUGUCUCCUCCAGCAACUCUCCCUCCAGCUGGUAUUGCCAUACAGCACGCUACUGGGCCCUUUAUUCCAAUCCCAGCCCAUAGAGCCUCACCAGACGGCAACCUGUCCCCGCCAACAACGUUUGCUCUCCCGACCCCGGUCAUCUCCUUUGCCCCCACCACUGCCACUGUCCCUGUUUUCGGUGCCGCACAUAUUGCAACUCCUAAUGCCCACCCACCCAUCAUAUCCCUUGCCAAGAUUGAGGGGUCCGUCCAGGCCACCCCUAUUUCGCCAACUAAGAAAUUUUGCAGUUCAACCUCUUCCUCACCUUCAGCUACCAAGCAGCCAUUCCGCCCCUGGGCAGACCCUACCGACGAUGACUAAACCCCUUGACUUUUAAGACCCAACGACUAAUAGACAGGACUUUAUUUAGACACCGAUCGAAACAAUUGACUAGGUGUAAACAAAACUGCAUGUAUGUAUACUUGUAACGUGGUACAUGCUCUUUUUUUGACAGACUUUAUGACUAGACAGGAGGACUCCGCUCCAAAAUGUCACUCUACAGGCGUGGAACAUACGACCAUUACCAUCCACCACCUCCUUCCCCCCUCAUCUACUACACAGAGAACAACCUCUGGACUAAUCCCGAACGAUUAUACACGCGUACAUGUGUAUCAUUGCGACAAACCCGAGGGAAAGGCGGUGCCACGCCCACACACAAAUAUUGAAGACACACACAAAAUUAAAUUCAAGACACAAGCUCAGAGACUCAAAUAAUAAUAAACCGACAACUUGCUUUCCUUCACUCUUCCUCUCUCUCUUUCUUACGGCACAAAACCUACAAACCAAAGACUUUAGACGACGCUCCCAACUUCUGGGACAAGACGUUACUCUUUUUGUUAAUUAACGAAUACUCUCCCCCAGACCUCCACAACUGGAAACUGGCCGGAGCUGUCUCUUUCCAUGAGAGACGACUUUAAAAAAACUUUGCAUAUUUUUUGCAGUGACGAUUUGACGUUUAAUAUUACGACAAGUUCAUUCUAAAGACUAUUACUCACCAGACCCCCCAAGUACAAGAUCAGAGACUCAUUGACGUAUUUACAUUCUGACUAUAUCUCAUACAUGAACUAUUGCUAACAUAGCAUCGACCUAUACAGGUGUUUGCCUAUUUUAUUUUGUUGUGACUCAUUACUAAAAGCUGCUUAUUAUUUUGCCAUUAUUGUUAGUUAGUGUGUAUCACGUAGAGUUAGUAUUAUUAUUAUUAUUAUUCAAUAUUUAUUUUUGCUGAUUUUUCCUUGACCAUUAAUCUAAUUUUGUUUGAGUUA